GUCAGCUGUGUAGCCAUGGCGAUGUUUGGGAAGGUUCUGGAGCCAGUGGGCUACAUGCAGACUGUGAGGGUCCUGGUCCAAAGCAUCUGCUCCUACCUGGGGGGCAGCGCCACGGCGGAGGAGAGCGAGUCGGCCCGGAAGAACCUGGACCACAUCGAUCAGGAGCUGGGGGCGCCAGGUCACGGCCUGCUGGACGACCAGGAGGUCCACCGGCUGGAGGACGACCUGGCCGUGGUGUACUACCAGCUGGGCGCCGCGGUGAGGGCCCAGUCCGACUUCACCAAGAAGGAGACGGAGGUGUUCCUGCAGUACGUGCAGGACCACCGGCUGGAGAGGCAGCUGACGGCGCUCUACAGCCGCCUGAUGGGGGUGUCGGCGCUGACCGACCAGCCCACGCUGCUGGAGGAGCUCAUCCUGAACCGCAAGCCCAAGCGCUGGGAGCUCCGGGAGUUCUGCGUCAAGAUCAACUUUGUCCUGGGCACCGGUCUGCUGUGCCUCUUCACGCAGGCGUCUCUGACGGGCAGGGACCAGGUCCUGCUGAUGAAGACCUGGUCCGACCGCAUGGGCGCCCUCUACAGGAAGAUGAAGAACCAGGGGGGGCGCUGCCUGGGCUACUUCCUGGAGCAGGCGGAGGGGGAUGUGCGGGAGCAGCUCCAAGAGGCCGUGCAGAACCGCUCCCCGCCCGAAGAGGCGGCGGCGAGCAUCCUGAAGACCCUGGAGAAGAACUACGACUGGCUGCGCUGGGCGGUGAUGCUCCACCCGGCCGUGGGACCCACGGAGGACGAGAAGGCGGGGGGGGUCGAGGAGGAGGAGGAGGGGGAGGAAGUCGCGUCUCCGCGGCCACAGCAGUCCAACAAUUUAAUCUCGGUGGCGUCCGAGGCGCCCGUCCCCCACGUGAUGGCGUGCUACCGCGACACGCCCACGUCGCUGGACAAGAGCCGCAUCCACCAGCUCAUCGUGGACCUGGAGUGGAAGAUCCCCAACCCGCCCCCGGAGGUGUACGCCUCCAUCGAGGAGGACCCGGGCAGGGCGCAGCGCUACCUGGCCUCGCGCAUGAAGAGCAAGCUGCAGGAGGGGCUGGGGUCCGGCGUGGCGGUCCACGUGGUGCCGGGCAGGAUGGAGAUGAAGUGCAACUUCCCCCCGGCCUCCUACUACCUCUACGAGUACAAACACCGGCUGGCCUCCGGCACCGUGUGCGUGUUCGGGUGA